AUGAUAACAAACAGAGCUCCGAAAUCUUUCGGGAGCUUGAUCAGGCACAAACAUCACACACACUGCGUGUUGAGUACAGAAAGACAGUGCUUCGAGGUCGGAGGAUGGGGAGCUGUUCUCGCCGAUCUUUAUGACCGCAAGGCAGACAUAGUAUUGCGAGGAUAUUCUGGCUGGAAUUCGAGGCGUGCGCUUCAAGUUUUGGACAAAAUUUUCCCAAAGGAUGCAGCUGUCAAGCCUUCUCUGGUUAUAGUGUAUUUUGGUGGUAAUGAUGCAUUGCAUCCUCACCCUAGUGGCCUAGGCGCUCAUGUUCCUUUACCUGAAUAUAUAGAAAACAUGAAAAAGAUUUAUCUUCACCUCAAGAGUCUCUCGGAGAAGACACGGCUGAUUUUUCUCACUUCUCCUCCUGUGAAUGAGACAAUGAUUCGUGAACAUUUCGGUAAUGCACACGAUAAUCAAGACAGAACAAAUGAAACCUGUCGUAAAUACGCCGAGGCUUUAGUGGAGUUGUGCCGAAAAUUGGACACUAAAGUUAUCAACCUCUGGACUGCAGUUCAGCAAAGAGAAAAUUGGGCAACAACUUGCUUUAGAGAUGGAAUUCAUUUCUCGGCUGAAGGGAACAAAAUAGUGGCGAAGGAGAUAUUGAGAGUUAUAAAAGAGGCUAAUUGGGAACCGAGCCUAUAUUGGGAGUCGAUGCCGAACGAAUUUGCCGAGGACUCACCAUAUUACAUGGUUCGCCCUAACGGUAAAACCACCAACAACAUCUCUUCCGUCAUCUCUCAUUGGAAAUUGAAGUGGAUGGUAAAUGGCAUUAACUCGAAGCUUUGA